AUGGCCUCCGGUGGCUACGGCACUGACGACGACGACGUCGCUCCCAGCGCGCACGCGCUUUCCGCCUCCGCCAAGGCAUGCGCGGUGCUGCGCGACCUCCGCGCGGGAGCCUGCGUGCACGGGACCGUCGUCGUGCUGAGCGCGCUCGUGGACAUGUACGGUCACUCGGGCGCGCCGGGCGACGCGCGGAGGGCGUUCGAGGAAAUGCGCGCCCCGGACGGGAUGAGCAUUCGUGCGGAACGACUGGUUCCACGAGGCCCUGCGGUGGUCCGGGCUAUGGUCGUGACAGAUGGGGUUUUGCCGGACGGCUGCACGUUUGGCUCCGUGAUGACGGCGCUGGGGAACUUGAAGAGGGCAAGGCAGGGUAGGGAGGCGCAUGCGCAGGUUGUCACACGUGGCCUAUGUGGGAACGUGAUCGUGGAGAGCAGCACACUUGACACGUACGCUAAGUGCGGGAUGAUGGUGGAUGCACGCAAGGUGUUCGACAGGAUGAAGGUCCGGAAUGCAGUUUCAUGGUGCUCCCUGCUUGGGGGGUAUUGUCAAAGUGGGAUGCACGAGAAGUUCGGCGACCUGCCCCUAAACCCAGAUGUAGCAGUAAGGGUUGCAAAGAAGAUGAUGGAAUUGGAGCCUCAAUACCACCUAAGCCGCCUUCUUGAAAAUGUGCAGGCGUUGGGCGAUGCGGAAAGAUGCUGUAGAUGUAAGGAGGUUGAUGAAAUCAAGAAAGGUCUUGUUUCAAAAAGACUGUACUUUUAUGAGCUGCUAUUGCAAAUUGACACCAGGUGGCAUCUUGAAAAUUCAGUCCAUCAGUUGAUAGAAAUCAGGAUCGACCUGCUCUGCAAAGAUAAUCAUAUCUGCUUUACAGUUACAGCAUAUGUUAAUUUGAGUGCAACCACAGAGCCCUUAGGGGUGGCUGGCCUUGGCCACCAUGCAGACAAGGAAUCUGUCAAGCAAGCUGUCCACAGCUGUAGGUUUCUGAGCCAUUCUUCACUUACUGAUGAUGAGUCUAGGAGUUCUCACUCUUUCAUAGCAGAAACCACAAGGCUGCCCGUGCAGUUUAUUGUCUUGAUGACAAGGUGA